AUGGAUCCUCACACUGCAACUGAUAUCGCAAAGCAAGUUCACGUCGUUGUCAACUCUGCAGCCGCUACCUCCUUCGAUGAGAGGUACGACGUGGCUUUGAACACAAAUACCAAAGGACCUUCUCAUCUUCUAAACUUUGCAAAGAAAUGCAAGAAUCUUCGUCUUUUCCUUCACAUAUCAACAGCUUAUGUUGGUGAUGGAGAAAGACACGGGAUAAUAAUGGAGAAGCCACUUUACAUCGGACAAGGAAGAGCUAGGGCAAUCACAGAACAUGAUAUAGAUUUUGAACUAAACUUGGCAUCUGAAAUGGUGAAUUCAGUCAAACAGAAUCAAGCCACUCAGAAGAUGAAAGAGCUGGGAAUUGAGAGGGCAAAGAUGUAUGGAUGGCCAAACACGUACUCAUUCACAAAGGCAAUGGGAGAGAUGUUAAUAAACAACUUCAGAGAUGGCGUACCGGUGAUCAAACUUCGUCCUUCUGUGGUUGAAAGCUCUUACAGAGAGCCAUUUCCUGGUUGGAUUCAAGGAUACAGAGUUCUUGAGCCAUUGAUAUUUAAUUAUGGGAAGGGUAAUCUCCCAGGAUUACUUGGAGAUCCCCAAGCUGUUGUAGAUUUGAUUCCAGUGGAUAUGGUUGCCAAUGCCACAAUGGCUGCAAUUGCAAGACAUGGAGCUGCUGCAACACCAGAAUUAAACGUGUACCAUAUUGGAUCUUCUUCUGAAAACCCUAUUUUAUUAGGAGACAUUUUUUACUAUGCUUGUGGCCAUUUUAACUCAUUUCCGUUGCCAAACUCAAAUAAUGGAAAUAAUCCAACUUGCAUUAAGAGCAUGAACUUCUUCAGCUCCUUGGAUGACUUCUCUUCUUACAUUUCAAUGGAAAUGGCAAGGCAAAGUGGAUUAUUGUUGGAUUCUACAAACCUUGAAUCUAACCUCCGUAGAAUCCUUCAAAACAAGUCCAUAAAGAAAGCAGAGAUUUUUAUUCACAUGGCUAAUCUCUAUCGGCCAUAUACAUUUUAUAAAGCAAGAUAUGUAACUUGUGGCAUUGAGCAUGGAGUGUGGUGUUUGGAUUUUUGGCUAGGUUUGACAAUGGCAAUACAUAGAGGUUAUAUGGAGAAAUGUCUGGUGAAGAGAUGA